UAGAAAAUGUGGAUUGGACUUAUCGAUUUCUACAAAAAUACGUUUAUUAUAGUCCAGGAAAAAGUGAUGUGUGUUUAAACAGGAAAUGUUUUUGAUUAGGAAAAUUCUUAAAAUGUUGGGUUUAAACGAUGAUCAUCUAUAUCACACAAGAUCUCGUGCUUAUCCAGAAAGAACACCACAUCACAUCGAGAUGUUUCCAAACGAUACCAUCAAAUCGCGUUUAGAAACUUUUAAAAGUUACCCAAAACACCUUCGCCCAAAACCAAAGGAUUUAGCCCAAGCGGGUUUUUUUUACACCCAAGAUGCAGAUAAAGUGGUUUGUUUCGAAUGCGGGCUUGGUUUAAAUGAUUGGGAACCCGACGACGACGCUUGGUUGGAACACAAAAAAUUCUCACCUAAUUGUAUGUUUAUAAAAAACGGGGGAGUUAAAGCGUUUUUGGAAUUAAGAGAAAGCAAAGAGGAAGAGAUUGAAGUUAAAAAAAUCGAUGGAGAUGAGGAAACCGAUAAUUUACUGUGUGUUAUUUGCCGGGAACGAACAAGAAAUGUUUUGUCGAUUCCUUGUAGACAUUUAACGACCUGUGAAGAGUGUAAUGAUGAGUUGUGUUUGUGUACGGUUUGUGGACGUGAAGAAAGACAAAGAAUUAUUCUUUCUUAUGAGACAGUUAAAAAAAGAAUAAUUACAAAUAACAUCGAUAUAAAAGUUAAAUUUAGUCAUAUCCGCAACAUGACGUCCUCACUGUUGGGUUCGUACGCAAACAACCAUAACCUCCUUACAUCGAUAAAGGAUGAAAUAGCAGCAAAUUUAUUAAUGCAAAAUUAUAUUCAACGUUUAAAUACGUUUGAAGGUUGGUCUGUUUCGUUCAUUGGUAAGGAAACGUUAGCCGAAGAUGGUUUUUAUUAUUUCGGUGAAGGCGAUAAAGUUCGUUGUGCAUUUUGCGGCGUAGAAAUUGGUCGUUGGGAGCGCGGAGACGUUCCAAACGCCGAACAUCGUCGUUGGAAUCCAAAUUGUCCGCUUUUGAACAACAGCGUACGGCUUAAUUUGUGUAUAGGUGUUGACGAUUGUGGUUAUAAAAUGGAUGAUAAUCGGUUUAGAAAGGAAGAGGGUGAAGAAAGAAAUUUAUCGGUUUUAUUAAAUAAUUUGGGGAUUGAAACGAACAUAACGGUUUCACAUCCGAAUUAUGCACUUUUUGAUAAGAGGUUAGCUUCUUUUGAACAUUGGCCCGUUUCGAUAAAGCAAAAACCGAAAGAUUUAGCUUCGGCCGGUUAUUAUUAUACAGGAUAUGGUGAUCAAACUGUAUGUUUCCAUUGCGGGUUGGGUUUAAAAGCAUGGCAAGAAGACGAUGAUCCAUGGGAACAACACGCUUUAUGGUCUGAAAAAUGUGUGUUUUUAAGAUUACAAAAAGGCGUUGAGUAUAUUAAAGAAAUCAAAGAGAAACAUCAUUCCGGAUUUAUGGAGAAUUCGAUUCCUUCUUCACCGACAAGUAGUGUACAAGCACAAGAAAUGUGUGCAAGUUUAAAUAUCGAUAUCACAAAACGAAGAAAUUCUUCAGUUCAAACUCAAAACGGCAUUAUUAAUGAUACCAAAGAAGCUGUAACCGCAGCGUCUUCUUCUUCUUCUUCAUCAUCGAGUAAUAAAAGUGUUCCUCUAUGCGGUAUUUGCUACGUUAAUGAACGUUCAAUAGUAAAUCUGCCUUGUAGGCACAUGAUAGCGUGUGUCGAUUGUGCGGCGACUGCUACAACGUGCCCGGUUUGUAGACAAGAAGUACGCGCUUGCGUUAAAGCUUUCAUGGCUUAAAAGAGACUUUGAUUUUAUACUUUUGGUUAAAAGAAAUAAUAAGAGAACACGCGUAUUACGUUUUUCCUUAUCCUGUACUCCAGAUAAUAAUGUAUUUUGUCCUCCUAGUCAAAGAACAAGAGCUUUUUUAGGAAUCUCAUAUCACGUUCUAACGAUUUUUUUAAACUACUACUAUUUGUAUAUUGAAUGUUAACUAAUGACUCUUUAUAAGUGGUAACCACAAAUACACACACAGAACACGCACUGAUUUUUACCCAAUUUCGUAUUCGAUUUUUGAUAAUAAUAUUAUUAUUAAAAAAGGAACAAUUUAAUUAUUAUUAUUAAUGUAAUCGCCUGAAAUAGAAAUGUGUAAAAGCGAGAUGAGUGAGUUUUUGGUAAUAAUAUUUAUUGCGAACUGUGGGUUUUUUAAUAAGAUGUAUUUAUGAAAAAUAUGGGAGAGUGAAAAAGUUUUUUUUAAUUUUAGAUUGAACGUUAUGGAUCAUUCGAGACCUUUUUUGAUUUAGUACAAAAAUAAAUCUUUUCUUUGCCUGUUUGUGUGGUGAAGUAAACUUUGUGUGAUGUAAAAAUUUAAGUUUUUUUAAUGAAGGAUGAUUGCGUACAGAUGAAAAUGUGAAUAACAAGAUAAAAAGAACUAAAACUGUACAUAAUUCCUAUACUUUUGUCUCCAAAAUAGACUAGUUUAGUUGUAAUGAUGAUUGAUAAUAUAGAUUUAUUGUUAAAAUUA